AUGGUCAUCGUUAUUAAAAAGACAUUAUUCGUAUUUUUGGUUCUUUAUUUAUUUGUUGCUCUUGUAACAACAUUUCCAACUAUUUCCCCUCACCUUCAACGUCGCGAUGUGGGUGUAUCUACCGCAAGUUUCUAUGAAGGAAAAGUUGAAGGAACUGUUACAUUUACUGAUACUGACGGCGGCAAUCAAUGCGCAAUUGUAAUGCAGUUUUCUGAAGGAAUUGUGCAAGAAAAAGCAUAUGAUUUUUUAAUUGUUGCAAAUUAUGAAAGUGUUGAUGAUUCAGAUGCUAAAAAAUUUUCAGUCGCUCUAAACACAAUUCCGCCUUCUCUUCUAACUCUGGGUAAUGCUGUUCUCGCUGAAUCUUUUUGUGAAAAUCUUGACGGUAAAUAUCUCGUUAUUGUUGAGGUUGAGGAUGGUCAAGAAAUUGGACGUGCACAAAUUAAGGUUCCAAUUGCGGUUUAA